CAGUACUCAGUAGCAGCAAGCUAUAGCUUAGAUACUAGAUAGAUACCGCCCACACAUAAUAAAGCAACAGCCUUUAACAGCUCCCGACUCUCAAUUCUCGAGCUUUAGGUUCUCUCACCCUCUCUCAUUCAAAUCGAUUUUUUCCCGGUGAUAAAUCUCUCCCGGCGUCUGAUCUGCCGCAUUGUACGCGAUCUCAGGAUUCUUCGGCGAUCUUCGUCUCUUGUUUCCGGUAGGUACAAAAGAGAUCGCAUGAAUGAUGGAUAUGGAGAGAGUUGGUGAGCUUAAGAGGCUUCCUAGCAAAGGUCCUGUCUCAAGAAGACAAUACUUAGACUCAGAAAGCAGAGAUAACGCUAUGCAUUUGAGGGAACGAGCUGCUCAAUACAACAACAACACAAUCGGAAGACCGUUCAACCCAACUACGACCUUAGGAAGAGAACUUGGCUUAGUACUCAAUGUGCAUAGAGAAGAAGAUACGUUGAUGGAUCAGUUCGGUGGUAACCUUAACGAGUUUCAAGAGUUUGAGCCUGUGGUAACAUCAAACUCAAACUAUCCUUUGCUGGAGAUUGAAGAGAUCUUGGAUGAUGAUAUGUCUGAGGAAGCUGGUUCAAGCUCCUUCCGUGGAGUCACCCAUCCUCCUGAGCCUGACGACAUGGAUCUCAUAACAACCGUUUCCGUCCCCACCAUCAGCGACAAAAACAACAGCAAAUCCGAGGAACCCGCCGCAUCUCUGUCGUCGCAGAACACAGAUAUCUCAGACAAGGAAUGUGUUUGGGAUGCUUCUCUGCCUCCCAGCCCACACAACAACAGCAGCGUCAGGGCCAUGAGCAUCGCCAACAGCUCAUCCUCCUCAACGCAGAGGAGCGACGUAGUGUUCACUAUAGACAAAAGCUACGCAUUCGAAAGCGCCAAGACCAGCGCCAGCGACAGCAGCGGGCUAAGCGAAGAGAGCAGCUGGAGCAGCAGCUUCAACGGAAGUCUCAACAAACCACACAAAGGGAACAACGAUCCUAGGUGGAACGCUAUAACGGCUAUCCGAGCUAGAGACGGAGUUCUAGGGAUGGGCCACUUCAAGCUGCUGAGACGGUUAGGCUGCGGUGAUAUAGGGAGCGUUUAUCUAGCCGAGUUGACCGGGACUCGGUGUGUUUUCGCCGUGAAGGUGAUGGACAAGGCUUCUCUUGAGGAUAGGAAGAAGCUGAACCGAGCUCAGACCGAGAGGGAGAUUCUGCAGCUGUUGGAUCAUCCGUUUCUGCCGACGUUGUAUACUCAUUUCGAGACGGAUAGGUUCUGGUGUUUGGUUAUGGAGUACUGUCCUGGUGGUGAUCUGCAUACUCUGAGGCAGCGCCAGCCCGGGAAGCAUUUCUCUGAGUAUGCUGCUCGAUUCUAUGCUGCAGAGGUGUUGCUAGCUCUCGAGUAUCUCCACAUGCUAGGUGUUGUCUACAGAGACUUGAAACCUGAGAACGUCCUGGUUCGAGAUGAUGGUCACAUAAUGCUCUCUGACUUCGAUCUCUCCCUGAGAUGCACAGUCUCUCCAACACUGAUCAAAACCUUCGACUCAGAUCCAUCUAAACGCGGCGGGGCCUUCUGCGUCCAACCCUCUUGCAUGAUGGAGCCUACCACAUCAUCAUGCUUCUCACCGCGCAGCAUCUUCUCAAACAAAAGCAAAAAGAACAACAAGACGCGUAAAACAACUCAGACGGAUGUCUUCAGAUCACAACACUCAGGUUCCCUCCCCGAGCUGGUAGCCGAGCCUAACACGAAGUCCAUGUCCUUUGUCGGAACGCACGAGUACUUAGCUCCAGAGAUCAUCAAAGGAGAAGGACACGGAAGCGCGGUUGACUGGUGGACUUUCGGUAUCUUUGUGCAUGAGCUUCUUUACGGUAAAACACCGUUUAAAGGAUCAGGAAACAGAGCCACUCUGUUUAAUGUGGUUGGAGAACAGUUGAAGUUCCCUGAGUCGCCGGCCACUAGCUACGCAGGGAGGGAUUUGAUUCAGGCUUUGCUGGUGAAAGAUCCGAAGAACAGGCUGGGGACGAAGAGAGGAGCAACGGAGAUAAAGCAACAUCCGUUCUUCGAAGGAGUGAACUGGGCGUUGAUAAGGUGUAGCACUCCUCCUGAAGUGCCGAGGCAGAUGGAGACCCAACCGCCUCCGAAGUAUGGACCGAUUGAUCCUGUUGGGUUUGGUAGUAAUAAUAGCAAGAGAAUGAUGGUACCACCACCACCACCACCAGUAUCAGCAUCAUCAGCAGAUACAAAAGCUGGUGGUAAAUUUCUAGACUUUGAGUUUUUCUGAAGCUUUUGUUGUUUUGUGUUUGGUCCCUUAGUUAGCAUUUGUAGUCCUUCUUAUGUUGCUAUAUAGAUAUUGUAACCAUGUCUCAAGGCUUCAAUGGAUCAAGAGUGGACAUGGUCCCUUUAGUCUUUUAUUCCAUGUAAACCAAAAAAUUCUGUAAGGACAUGGAAAGCUUCCAAGUCUUGAAUUAUUUUCCUUUGGUACUACUA